CCCGGCCGGCCGGCACCAUGCGCACCGCCCAGCUCUUGCUCCUCGCCCAGCUCCUGCUCCUCACCCAGCUCCUGCCCGGCCGCGCUGCCCGCCCCAAGCUGACCCUGCCCAUCCGGCCCGACACGGACCCGCUGCCACCCGGGGGAGCGGCAGGCUGUGCCUUCGGAGGUCGCUUCUAUGCCCUGGACGAGACUUGGCACCCGGACCUGGGGGAGCCCUUUGGGGUGAUGCGCUGUGUUAUCUGCCACUGCGAGCCCCAGAGGAACCGCCGAAGCAAGCCAGCAGGGAAAGUGAACUGCAAGAAUAUGAAGCAGGACUGCCCUGUGCCCACCUGCCCCCGGCCCACACUGCUGCCUGGGCACUGCUGCCACACCUGCCCUAAAGCUUUGCUAGGUCCCCCAGAGAAGAGCCCUGCACUUGACACCUUUGAGUACUUUCACGACAAGGAGGACAACCUGGACAAGCCCUACAACGACCGCUCCUACCUCAGCUCUGAGGGGCUGGCCCGUGAUGAUGCCCGCACAGAGUUUGUGGCCUUGCUGACAAGCGGCCCAGAGCCCUGGCACCUCACGUCCAGUGCUGUGGCCAAGGCUCGCUUCACCCUGCUGCGCUCCUACCUGCUCUUCUCCAUCAGCUACGAGCGGCUGGGCCGGCCAAGCCGAGUGCGUUUCAGUGAUCCUGAGGGCAAUGUGCUGUUUGAACACCCCGUGCAGAAGAGUGCUGCCCCUGCGGAUGGCAUGCUCUGUGGGAUGUGGAGGACAGUGUCCAAGGCCAACGUCCAGCUGCUGCGGGGGGAGCAGCUCCGUGUGUCCCUUAUCACCCGGGCACAACCCUCUGGAGAGGUCCAUGGGCACAUCCUCAAGCACCGGGCACUCUUCGCAGAGACAUUUGGUGCCAUCCUGACCUCAUCGGACCCCACACACCUGGGUGCUGGGGGCAUGGCCAUGCUGACACUGAGCGACACUGAGAACAACCUGCACUUCAUUCUCAUGGCCCGUGGGCUGCUGGAGCCUGGCACUGGGGAAUCCCCCUGGGUCCCACUGCGGGUCCGCAUCCUGCACCAAGGCCAGACACUGCGGGAGGUCCGUGCCAACAUCACUGCAGAGGACCCUGACUUUGCGGAGGUGCUGAGCGAGCUGUCUGUCCAGGAGCUGCAGUGGUUGGUGCAGGGGCAGCUCCGCAUCGUGGCUGAGACUGAGGGCAGGCAUGUGCGGCAGCUGGCGGGCACCAUCACCACCCGCCGCAGCUGUGACACCAUCCAAAGUGUGCUGUGUGGAGCAGACGCCUUGCUGCCAACCAAGACGGGGGCCGUGGGCUCAGCCAAGCUGGCAUUGCAUGAAAAUGGCACUCUGGAGUACCAGGUGCAAGUGGUUGGCACUGCCAGUGAGGUGGUGGGCAUUACACUAGAGACCAAACCCCGACGGAAGAGCAAGAGAAACAUCCUGUUUGACAUGACACCCAGCUACAAGGAUGGGAUGGUGAGUGCCCAGGGCACCUGGCAGAGCCCCAGCGCCCGUGAUGCCCACAUGCUGCUACAGAACGAGCUUUUCCUCAAUGUGGCUACCAAGGACUGGGCAGAGGGGGAGCUGCGGGGCCAGGUUAUCUCUCUGCCCUACAGCGGGCUGCUCGCCCGCUACACAGAGAUGCCUGUGGUGCUGGCGGGGCAGCUGGUUUCACCUCCUGUGGGUAGCGGGGCUGGAGGGCACGCUUGGCUCUCGCUGGAUGAGCACUGCCACCUGCACUACGAGAUCACAGUGGCAGGGCUGGGGCGCCCGUCUGAUGGCACCGUCAGUGCUCACCUCCAUGGAGUGGCUGAGCUGGGCGAGAUGGGUGCCCAUCCCCACCAGCACAAGCGCCUGCUCAAGGGUUUCUACAGCACCGAGGCUCAGGGAGUGGUGAAGGACCUGGACACCGAUCUGCUGCAGCACCUGGCCCAAGGCACUGCUUUCCUGCAAGUCAGCACCAAAGCUCACCCCCACGGGGAGAUGCGGGGAUGGGUGCACAUCCCCAACCAGUGCCACACAGGAGGGACUCGCCUGUCUCCAGGGGAGGCCGAGGUCUCUGAGGGCACCAAGACCAGGGAUCUCGAGGAACUGAAGAAGGACCCAAACUCCUGCUUCUUUGAAGGCCAGCACCGGGCACAUGGCACUCGCUGGGCACCUGACUAUGACAAGAAAUGCUCCAUCUGCAGCUGCCAAAAGCGCACGGUCAUCUGUGACCCCAUCCUGUGCCAGCCCCUCAACUGUACCCGCCAGGUGCACCCUGAGGAUUUGUGCUGCCCCAUCUGUGAAGAAGAGAAGACAGGGCAGGAGGACAUAAAGCUGGAGCGGGCACGGGACAGCAGUGAGGGCUGCUACUUUGACGGGGACAAGACCUGGCGAGGCUCUGGUACCCGCUGGCACCCUGUUGUGCCCCCAUUUGGUCUCAUCAAAUGUGCCAUUUGCACCUGCAAGGGCACCACAGGUGAAGUGCACUGUGAGAAGGUGCAGUGUCCACGCCUCACCUGUGCCAACCCUGUGCGCGCCAGCCCCUCUGACUGCUGCAAACAAUGCCCAGCCCCAGAGAAGAGUGUCCCUGCGCUGGCCGACAGCAUGCAGGCAGAUGGGCCGCGAGCCUGCCGCUUCGGGCGCCGCUGGUACCUCAACAACGAGAGCUGGCACCCCUCCGUGCCACCCUUUGGAGAAAUGAAGUGUAUCCUGUGCUGGUGUGUGUCAGGGGAGACACACUGCCAGCGCCAGGAGUGCCCGCCAGCAGCUUGUGCCAGCCCUACCAGGAAGGAUAACCCCUGCUGUGCCAAGUGCCACUCCCCAGAUUCCCCCUCAGAUGUGCGGGAGAAGGUCCACGACAGCAGGGUGGAGGUGUGGAGCCGCUGAGCAGUGACCACUGCCUGGAGCCGUGUGAGACCAGGCAGAUGUAAGCAGGUCCUUGCCACUCAUCACCCCCACGCAGGGCUGGGGGCACGGAGGAGCAUGGCAGGGUGCACCCAGUCAGGCACCCAGCCUGGGCACAGCCACAAUGAUGGGGCUGCCCUGUCCACUCAUGCCAUUGAGCAGCAGCCAGGCUAACAGAGGCUGGAGCACCAACUGCCCCUCCUCUCUGCAUUCCCUCAUCUGGCAAGCACAGCGGGCAUCAUGCCCACCUUGUACAUAGUGUAAAAUCCCCCUGGCCCUCGUCUUGGCCGAGCUUGUCAAAUAAUUUAUGGUGCCCACUGACAGGGGUCCCGAUGUAUUUAUUAAA